AGCGAGCGAGAGAGAGAGAGAGAGAGAGAGAGAGAGAGAGCGAGCGAGCAAGCAAGCAGAUUAAGCGCACCGUACACAACUGCUGUUUUAAUCUUCCCUGAGCGGAUAGACUUUGCAAAAAAAAAAAAGAACCACACAAACUACUGGGUUUGAAAGAAGCAGCCAUAUUGCAGCAUAUUUACGUGUGGAAUCAAUAAUAUUUCAACUAUAAUUAUUAGCAGCGAAAUAGGCGUGGUGGUGCAGCGAAAAAGCCGGGUUUUCUGUGUAAAUCCUGUCGCGGGCGGCUGAGCGCUAAGUCAAACACAAUACUAUACACAGAGUCAUUCGGAAGUAGUCUUUUAUUCGUUAAUUUUAUUCAAUUAUUGGAAGAAAGUUUGGGUUUUAAGUAGUCGUUGCAGUUUGCGAAGUUUUCAAAUCAAGAGAUGAAAGAUCGUCUGGAGCAGCUCAAAGCGACGUGUGACACAGAUGAUGCCGAAGAGGUGGAAAUCGCUGUGGACAAUGCUGCCUUUAUGGAUGACUUCUUUGCCCAGAUUGAAGAGAUCCGGACCAGCAUAGACAAGAUAGACGAGAACGUGACCGAAGUUAAGAAACUCUAUUCUGUCAUUUUAUCUGCGCCCACAUCAGACCAGAAAACACAAGAUGACUUGGAGGCAAUCACGAACAACAUCAAGAAAAUGGCCAACAACGCUCGAAACAAACUGAAAAGUAUUGAGCAAAACCUUGAGGCGAAUGAGGAAAGGGUGUCGGCCGACAUGCGCAUCCGGAAAUCACAGCAUGCAGUUCUAUCCAGAAAGUUUGUUGAGGUGAUGACUAAAUACAACGAGGCACAGGUGGACUUCAGGGAGAGGAGCAAAGGGCGCAUUCAGAGACAACUGGAGAUCACUGGUAAAGCCACAACUGACGAGGAGCUGGAAGAAAUGCUGGAGAGCGGGAACGCGGCUGUUUUCACCGCAGGGAUUGUGGACUCCAGCAUUUCCAAGCAAGCACUCAGCGAGAUUGAGGCUCGACACAAAGACAUUGUGCGACUGGAGAGCAGCAUCAGGGAGCUCCAUGACAUGUUUGUCGACAUCGCUAUGCUGGUGGAGAACCAGGGUGAAAUAGUAGAUAAUAUUGAGGCCCAGGUGUCUAAAGCAGUUGACCAUAUAGCUGUGGCCAAAGCAGAAACCAAAAAGGCUAUCAGGUACCAAAGCAAGAGCCGAAAGGUAUGCUACUCAUUCUUUUACGAAACCUUGCUGAGCACAGUGUUCUCUGCAGACCGCCGUAUCGUUGCGCGAACAGUCUACGCGCGCUACGCGUAAUCUUUCUUUGUCACCUGUUCCGUGCCUAUAAAUUCUGCUGAUUUCUUCCCCUUUUCUUGCUCCUUUUCUUCACCUCUGUCCCCUCCACCGGUUCAUUUGUCGCUGUUAGGGAGGCAUAAUUGACAGGAUUGAGAGCAAUAUGGACCAGUCCGUGGGUUUCGUAGAGCGAGCGGUGGCGGACACUAAAAAGGCCGUCAAGUUUCAGGCUGAGGCCCGUCGGGUGAGUGGCACAUCUUGGUGCCCCCCCCCAUAAACAACCCCAGACCAUAACUGCUGUAAAACCAAAACCCAACAUCCCCAAUAUAUGACCACAGCAAGACUCUGAUCCCCUCAGUUACUGGAGUGGCUGUGUACUCACUGAGAGAGAACACAUUCUGUCUUGUCUAAAUUCAAGUAAAUGAGUACUUUCAAAAAGGUAAUUGAUGUUUUCCUUAAGUUUUCCAUUUAGUUUUUUCUCACAUCAAAUUUAACCGAAGUAAACACGGUAAAUUGCCUGUUACUAUUAUGAUUAGUCUCCGGCAUGUGUUUUCAGUAACCUGAAGCAAAGCCUCAUUUAUCCCGAUAAUUCCAACUUACGAGCUACAUAUGGAACAGUUUGUACACAGACAUCGUGUGCCCUUUGCAAUGUGGUGUUGAAACUGAACAGGCCAGUCUGGCGAAACUGUGCUUUUUGCAUCUCCUUCCUGUGCCUGUUCGGUGAAAUGUCGGCCCCUUGUGGUGUCUUCUCUUUGCUGUCCUGGAGCGCUCAGGAGAAAGGGCAACAAGCACCCCUCCCAGUUACCAGCCAUACCCAUAAAAACAGCCCUUUAAACACUGUACUCUAUGCUGCAACGACAUACAAUGUGUACAUACUUAUAUUUAAAUGAAGACCUUGCUUCCCCAUUGUAUGUUGCAGCAUCGGUCAGUAUCUCCUUCCUUUCGUAUAGAAUCCCAUCAUUGUCCCUCUGGUUUUAGACUGAGCUGUAACUCUGUGCCUUCAAACCAACUUGAGGCUCAAAUUCUACUGCAACAUAUAAAAACACACACUCGCAUGCCCUGUCUCUCUUCUUUUCUUAUGGCUUUUUCUCUUUCCAUUUCUUUCAUUCAAUUUUACAAAAUAUUUUGUGUGUCACUGCGUCUGUUCCAUACUUAACAGCUUGUGAUAGCGUUUGAAGGUCGAGUGGUGGACCGAGCAAAGUUUGGGCGCAACUCCAGGUGAUUGUUCAGUGUGUGCUCUGCGUGACUCGAGUGGUAUGGUGUUGCUCACGUGACAUCAUGACAACAUGCAGUGUAACUGAGCAGCGUGAGACGUGGUUCGGUGGUUUGGGAGGAGCAGUAGCUUGAGAUGGACGACACCCCUGCAGCGCUGCCAGCUUGUCCUUUGUUGUAUUUAAGCUAUGUGCUCGCUCAUGGCAGUUGAAUAACCCUGUAGGGACAAGUUGAUUGCUUAAAGAAAAUAAGGAGCAAAAUUUAAACCAUUUGUUUAUAUUGAACUUGACUGUAAUUCAUUCAUUUUUAAAGAUUUUAUUUAUUGUCCCAAAGUGCCAAUAAGUGUGAAUUUGCGUGACACCAGGCUGUAUUCUGUUGUAGCCCUGCAGAGCUGUGUCCUAAAGUUGUACAGUUUUUAUUACACUUCUUAGAGAGCUUGGAGGAAAAAAGUGAAACGGAUCAGUUCGGCGGGGGGCGCAGGGGGU